AACGUCUGCGCUUCGUAUUGUCUUAUAGCACUGCAUUCCCGCACACUUCGUAUUGCUGCAUCUCAACGUCUUUCUCUAGUAAUGUAAUCUUUUAGUUCAAGAUGAAUUGGUAUAGAAGUUCGACGAUAAUAACAGAGCAGCCUGCUGUCGUGAAGCCGGAGAGCACCGGUAAGAAGCUAAGGCGGAAGCUCCAAAAGAUCGGUACUCAGCAGCGCUGGCAUAAGUCCAGCGAAAGCAACGACGUCAAGAAGGCCGAAAACACCAACGCCAACCCAAAUACUGAAGCAAAAGCGAUCUCGAAACCUAUUCCUCGUCCCGAUCCUAGGGCAUUUCCGGAAACACCUGACCCUAACGAUGGCAAAUGGCUCGAACAGCUCCGCAAGAGCGGAUAUCUCUGUCGCACACAGCCUCUCGUGCAACCAAGCCAUAAGCCUCACCGGCACUCUAUGCAAGUGAUUCCCGAGCUCGCGCAUCUCAGUAUCCCCGAAACGAAACCGGGAAGGCAGCUAGACAAGAGGGCAUCUUGUGCUAUUCCACCUUCUACAGCCUCGCUAUCGAGACGGUACGCAAAGACGCCCGUGCACCACAUCGGGCAAUUAGAAAACCCCACAAAGCGAAAGAACGAACUCGCAGCUCAUAGAGUGUCGAGCGUCGAGAUGAUAGCGGAAUCGUAUAGGGCCUUGCUAGAAUCGAGCUGCGCCAUAUUAAAUGAACCGUCUUCGCCGUCGCGCCAUGAGGAACCCUACCACGCUAGCGUGAAUAAGUACGGCGUCCGAGAAGACACCAUUCAUGAAAUUCCCGAUACUUCAUCCGCAACGGGAUCGCCUCACUCAGAUGACGGAACAUUAGUAGCCUUUGAGGAGGACACUGUCUCAUUCAAGCCAGUUUCAGUCUCGCCCGAACCUCCUUCGCCACGGGAUAUUCACCCGCAUAGGCUAUCAAUUCCUCCGCCGAGACGAGCAUCACCCGGAAGCCACAGCUUACAGAUCUGCUUCGACCUGCUCGGGCGCGAACUAUCCUCGGCAGCGAGUGGCUCGUCUCUUCGCCCGUCAGCGGAGACAUCAGCGCUGCAGGUGUGGGUCAUGAUCGAAGCUUACGAGAGACUACGGGACAAGGUCUACGACAUGCGGCUAGAUCGUGACCAAGAACAUUCUUUAAGCGCCAUGCUCGAUACGUGGAUUAGGGCAUUAUAUUCCGUCCAUGAUAAGAUGACUGGGGGCGACGGACAUGAGAGUGAGAGUGAUUACGGCGAUUGAGAGCCUGAGAUUCCCCUUUGUUGAACGUUUUGGGGUUCCCUAGAAUUAUACCAUUUGUAAUGACGUGAUACUCAUUAAAGCUUCGAGAUAUCAAAAGUUGUAUUAGAUUGGACUAGAAAAGCCGGAUUGGUCUAGGAGAUGGGGAAAGGACCAGAUUCUCGGCCAUGUACGAUGAAAGUUAUGCGAAGUUAUACGAGAUUAUGCGAAUUAAUAUAAUAACAUCGAUACGGACCACCGAGGGGUUCUUGCCCCGCCAUUCCUAGGGGACUUCCCCACUAUGAUAACCUUAGAUAACGCUUUCUACUAGGAUGGAUGCCGGCAUAAUGGAUUAACUAAGGCACUUUAGCGGGAAGG